AUGCCAUCGUUCGGCAGCAAGCAGCACAACAGAUCCCUCAGCCACCCGUUCCCUUCCCUCUUCGGCGGCGGCAAGAAACCCAGACCCCACGCGCCCCCGAAUGGCGAAUACCUUCCCGAGACCGACCGCUGCAUGCCGCCUGCGAGCUACGGCGGCCAUGGUGCCGCGAGGGGACCACCCGUCUUCGAUAGGCGCGAGGAGGAGACCGGAAACUGCAUGACCUGUGACUCCAAGGUCCGAUAUCCCCGCGGCCUCACCACCUUCCGCUGCUCAGCAUGCCUGAUGGUCAACGACUUGGUGCCCGUAUCCCAGGACCGGCCUGAUCGCCUCCCAAGCACCCAUCCAAGCCCAGCGCUGCCAAAGAAACCCAUGCCGUUGACGGUGGAUCGAGCGAGGCACAUCAUAGAUCGUUGUCUGGAGACACACUUGCACAAUAUGGUGGAUCGGCGCAGUAGGAGCAGUCAGGACAGCGACGAUCGGCCAAGAGGAAGUCAGGAUAGCUCAGGCGCACCACGGGGCAGCCUGGACGCGGGUAACCCGGGAGAGAUCGCGCCGGGGGACGCUCGUCUUGUACCCAUGCCAAUCCGGCAGCGGGCGCAAAGCGGAAGCCGUCCGAUGAUCUCAGUCUCUCCACCUUCAGCUGCGGAAACCCCAAACGGCUUCGGCAUGCUCAAGAAUGGAACAAACCCUCCCCAACAGAAUGGCCCUCGUGGAACCUCGACUGCCGAGGAGAUCCUCGCACCUCCGCCAACCCUCAGGCAUCCGCCACGCCCUGGCACAAUUCCUAGCCCACCUAACCGCAGACCACCCCCGCCGCCUGUACAUGCACCUCCUCCUCCUCCUCCGCCGCCCGGACCGUCCGGACCUUAUGCAGGCCGUGGCUCUCCAAGAGAUGCUCCAACUCGCGUAGGUUCCCUACCCGCUGCUGGAGCACCGCCGAUUUCGCCAACAGAAAUUGCCGAGAGACGGCGCUAUGAGCAAAUCAAGAUGAUCUUCCGGCCGUUAGAAGACCAUCUGAUUGCAAGCUAUGGAAACGUCGACUGCCUGAACACCGCUUUCAUGCUGGGAAGACCGCACCACACCCCAAGGACUCGGAGUGAGGGGACCAUGACCAGAGAACGACCAAUUCAGACGCCUCAAGCAACAUCGCAAGCAACAUCGCAAGCUGCAACGCAAGCAGCGGCCUCGGAUCUUUUUCUAGAGGCUGACGCAAGGAUGCUAAUGAUUGGAGAUAUUGGUGAGAAUGCCUCGUGGUGGCCUGGCCGACCUGAAAAGGAAUCACCGAAGCAAACACUCGCAUCAAACAUUGGAAGGCCCAGCUCUGACGUGAUUAUUGUUAAUCACAAAUCACCCCUCAUCAACUGGACGGAAGUACAGCAUUGGUACGAUACUGUCAACGGAGCUGGGGUUAAUUGGCGGGCAAGGCUGGAAGAAAUGCCGAACCUAGAUUUCCCGGAGUCGUUGAUUCAGGAAGCGGACGAAGAAAUUCGAGACGCUCGAGUUCAUGUACAGCGCAUUCUACUCAAAAUCACAGAGAGUCUGUUGAAACGCCCAGGGCGUCCUUUGGAGGAUCCCGAGGACCUCCGUUUCCUUCUGAUUAUUCUUUUUAAUCCGCUUCUGCAUGGUUCUUCCGGGCCUAGGUCGCCUCCGAUGCGGCGGGCGCCUCAGACCCGCCCAAGACAAGAGUCUAAUCCAAAUCAGCCUCCAGCCCUUGGACCGCCACCUCCGCUUGUAAGGCCACCGGGAAACCAACCGCCAUCCCCAAAACCGAUGCGAUCUGCCAGUAACGCAAAGAGAGAUCCCGGUCAACAUUCGGGCAUCAUCAAGAGGAUUUUGGGCCUAUUCGCCAAUCUGGACAACGAAUGUCAUCGCUACCUCACUACUUGGUUUUCCAGGUUCUCUGAGGAUCAUUUUCGACGCAUGGUUGAUCUCGUGGGCAAGUUCAUCACCUACCGUCUCACUAGGCAACCAAGGAAGCGUAGCAAUAGCGGGAAUCCUAUAGCAGGAUUGAUCCCAGAGUUUGGGGCACAUGGCACGACUUCGGCUCAGCUUCAUGCCGCGCUGGGUCUUUCUGGUUCGGGCCCCAAAUCUGAUGACCGUGCAGGAGAUGCCCUGUACAGUGAUGACUGGCAAGUCAAAGCUGCGGCUAAGGUUAUGGCACUGCUUUUCGCAGCAAAUAACACUUACCACAAUCGCAAGACAGAUCCCGUCAAUCGCUCUCCGUCAGUAGCUGGUCAGGCAAGUGCUGGACUAGCAGCGCGCGAGCGGGCCAGGGCACACGGACAACUUCUCCCUACCUCCGACUUCUACAACACGUUAUUAGACUUCCAUGAUCUCAUUGCAGAUUUUGAAGCAUGGGAGAAGCGCACGGCAAAAUUCUCCUUUUGCCAAUAUCCGUUCUUCCUUUCGAUCGGCGCCAAGAUCAAAAUCAUGGAACACGAUGCCCGGCGACAGAUGGAGAAUAAGGCUCGAGAGGCUUUCUUCGACAGCAUUCUUAGCAACAAGAAUUUGGAACAGCACUUCAACCUCCGUGUCAGGAGAGAGUGUUUGGUAGAAGACAGCUUACGCAGAAUCAGUGAGGUCGUGGGUGGGGGUGGCGAGGAGAUAAAGAAAGGGUUGCGAGUCCAAUUCGUCGGUGAAGAGGGCAUUGAUGCCGGCGGCCUACGAAAAGAAUGGUUUUUGAUGCUCGUCAGAGAGCUCUUUGACCCUAACCAUGGAAUGUUUGUGUACGAUGAGGACUCUCAGUUCUGUUACUUCAACCCCAACACUUUCGAACAGUCGGACCAGUUCUUCCUCGUCGGCGCUGUGCUUGGGCUUGCCCUCUACAACUCGACCAUCCUGGAUGUGGCGUUGCCCCCUUUUGCGUUCAAGAAGCUCCUUGCCUCUGCUCCUACGAAGAAUGGUGUGGCGCCGGCGUCACGCAAUCGGAUUGACUACACGCUAGACGACCUUGCCGAGUUCCGUCCACGCCUUGCUAAAGGUCUGCGACAGCUGCUGGAAUUUGACGGCGAUGUUGAGGCUACCUUUUGUCGCGAUUUCGUGGCUGAGGUUGAGCGCUAUGGCGUGGUACAUCAAGUCCCUCUUUGUAAGAAUGGCGAGAAUCGUGCUGUGACCAACGCCAACCGUAAGGAGUUCGUCGACCUGUACGUACGAUACUUCCUCGAUACUGCCGUGGCUCGUCAGUUUGAUCCCUUCCGCCGGGGCUUCUUCACCGUCUGCGGUGGCAACGCGCUUAGCCUCUUCCGCUCUGAAGAAAUUGAGCUCAUGGUGCGUGGGUCCGACGAGCCGCUCGAUGUGGCUUCUCUCCGUGCUGUUGCGGUAUAUGAAGGCUGGAGUGACCCGGCACACGGCGGCCGAAAGGUAGACCGACCGGGUGAGCAUAUUCUCGUCCUUCGUUGGUUCUGGGAGUUCUUUGAGAGUGCCUCUCCCACCGAUCAGCGUAAAAUCCUCUCCUUCAUCACCGGCUCUGACCGCAUCCCGGCUCUCGGAGCGACGAAUCUGGUGAUCAAGAUUGGUUGCCUUGGUGACGACGUCGACAGAUUCCCGGUGGCACGCACGUGCUUCAAUAUGCUGCAGUUGUACAAAUACAACAGCAGGCAGAAGCUCGUGGAUAGGCUGUGGCGCGCGGUUGUGGAAAGCGAAGGGUUCGGGUUGAAGUGA